CAUCUGAGCGCCUGGACAUCCUGCGGGACUUCACACACUAUGGUCUGGAGCACUGGGGCUCGGACACGCAGGGCGUGGAGAAGACCCGCCGCUUCCUCCUCGAAUGGCUCUCCUUCCUGUGCAGGUAUGUGCCAGUGGGCCUGCUGGAACGGCUCCCACAGAGGAUCAACGAGCGGCCCCCCUACUACCUGGGCCGAGACUACCUGGAGACGCUCAUGGCCAGCCAGAAGGCCGCCGACUGGAUCUGCAUCAGUGAGAUGCUGCUGGGACCUGUGCCGCCCAAUUUCGUCUUCCUGCCGAAACACAAGGCCAAUGCGUACAAGUAGCCACGGAGGCAGGAGGGGUUUCCGGGGGGAGGGGGUGGAGGUGCGGGGAGGCCCUAGUGUUUGAGAAGAUAAUAAAUUUUAUUCUUUUAAAACCCAGGCCUUUCUGUGACUCUGAGGCUGCCCCUUCCCAUUCCUGGGAGCUUUCCCUGUACACCCUGUCCCUUCCUCCAUUCUUAUUCAUAUUGGGCGUUUCCUGGACACCCCCAAGGUCGUAGCCCCAUGUUGACCACCGUUGGUGCCCAGAGAGGCCUUGACCACAAAGAAGCCACCAGGGCUCAUGAGGGGGCGUGGUCCUCGCCUGCAUGGGUGUGGUUCAGGGCAGACUGCCUGGAGGAAGGGGCCUCAGAGCUGUCAGUUCCCCCAGAAGGCUUCAGCCCCCGGGGCCUGGAUGGCACCAAGGGGCCGGGCAGCCAGCCCGCUCCCGUCUGCAUGGAGCCUCUUCCCACUGUGGGUUCCUCCAACCUGUACCACCCCCCAAACCCAGAGAAAGAGGUGUUUCCAGCCCCUCCGGCAGGUUUCCAGAUGGCACCUUGUGGCUGCUUCUUUGACCCCCGCAUUUACCGAAUUGAGUGGGUCACCACCGACUUCGGCCAGUCGUCCCUGUACAAACCGGCAGCAGCUGGCGGCGGGGGGACAGCAGGGAGCCCCGCCUCGGCAGGCACCUACCUCCUAGAGCCCCAGCACUACCUCAAGGCCUCGGUGCCACCCCCACUGCCCCCGCCAUACCCUCACCUCCAGCCAGCACCUGGGGGCCCCCAGUACCUCAUGCCCUGCUUCCCGCCCGAGGGGCCUGGGCCUGAGGCCCUGGGCUUUGUGGGGAAUGGAGGGGCUCCCGCCUUGGUGGAGCUGCCCCCAUCCCUGCUCAAGGAAGGCCUGGUGCCCCCGCCACCACCGCUGCCCCCUAAGGAGAACAAGCUGCCCUUUCUGCACGUUACGUUGUCCACUGAGGAUGCACUGUGCCCUGGUGCCUAUGACCACCUUAAGGGCUGCCUGAGCCAGCUGCACGGGCUGGGGGAACCCCUGGUCUUCCCCGCCAAGGAGCUGCAGGGCGGUGGCACCGUUCCGGACCCUGGGGAACCCAAGGCGGCGGAGGCAGAGACAGCCAUGCUGGGGGCGGGCGAGGCUAGACACCCUGAGAUGGCCAGGCCCUUCAUGUUGCCCGAGAAGGUGCUGCUGGAGGAUGCCAUGAAGCUAUUCGACUGCCUGCCAGGGGGCGCCGAGCCCGAGGGGCCCCCAUGCAAGGCCCCCGGGCCGGCCCUGUCCAAUAACCGGGGUGGUGGGGACGACUCAGGCGACAUCCGCUCGCUGCGCCUGCCAGACGAGCUGCUGUCCUUCGACUACAGCGUGCCCGAGAUCCUGGACACUGUGUCCCAUGUGGACUACCUUUUCAACUUCAAGGCGCUGGAUGAGGAGCCGCCGCCCUGCCUAGGGCCCCCCGCCACCACCACCACCACCACCACGAUCGCUCGGGCCGAGCCCGGGAGAAAGAGAAAGGCUAGUGCCUCAGCCACCAAGAAAGGGAGGCAGGGAGGCAAGAGCAAGCAGGCCCCGGGCCUGGCCAGCGCCACCCCUUCGGGGCCCAGGCAGGACCUGGAAGCCAUCCCCCAUUAAAGCGGAUUUGACCUCA